CAGCUUUUAAAUACGGCUGUGCUGAAUGGACGGCAGGUAUCUCAGCCAAUGAAAGUGUUUGUUGUCAGUCAAGCGGGAAAGGUAGGGGACGUAACUUUGCAGUCAUCUUGUCAUGCGGCUGAUGAAUCCAUUUUAAAAGUUUCACCUUCCUGCACAUCAGUUUACCUUGAUGGAUCUGAAAUUCGAGGUUCACAAAACGCUUCAAUAUUAGUAAAAUAUGGCACAUACACUGGACAGGCUCAUUUCUUAGUCUGGAUGCCUGAGCUACCUCUUACUAUUAGAAUUUCUGAUACCAAACUCAGCCAGAUUAAAGGAUGGAGGACUCCACAUUUACAGAGAGGGAAGCCAGUAACAAGCCUCGGCUUUCAGUCUGGUCGAAGUAACGCUGGUCAUAGAUCAAACUUUGCUACCUCUUCACUGGCAAAAAAUGAUCGAUGGAUAGAUAAAGAAGAUUUUGAUAUUGUAUGCAGACUCAGGUAUCAGCAAGGAAAUAUUGAAGUAUAUACAAGGUUCUUCAGUGUGGAUCACAACUCUGGAAGGGAAUCAUAUCUUCUGAGUAGAAAAGCAGAACUGCGCAUAACGGAGUUGGUGUCUCCGUUUUUGCGUGUGGCUGACAUGCGUAUUGCAACACUCCAAGGAACAAUAGUUCGGGGCAUGCAAAGUGGAAGAACAGAAGUUCAGGUUUUAUCUCCUAUCACUGGAAGAGUUAGUGGUGCUAAAGAAGUCCGUGUUGGUACUGACAAAGAAACUAUUACUCAUUUAGAAGUAACAGUUGUGACUGGGCUGCAAUUGACUGUAACACCAGACGAGUCCUUGCCUGGUGUUUUUAUAGCGCAAACAAGUGUAAACCACAAAUUAACAUCACAGUAUCAAGAAGGAUUACUGAAUAUUAAGCUACAUUUUUCUGAUGGAACAUCAACGCUGUUAGCGGAUAUUACGGAUACUGAUUAUCACCUAUCUGUUGACACCUUUGACAGUGGAGUGGUUGCUUUUGCACCAAUGGCUGGACUACACCAUCCACGAGUCAUUGCAAUAGGAAAAGGAAAAGGAGACUUACUCCAUGUAACUUUAGAAUUAGCUGAAAGAUGCCAGAAAAGAAGAAGCCAGCCCCUUGCAAUGGCAUAUGCAUAUAUUGAUGUUGACUUUUCAAAUGAAAAAACGGUUAUGAAUGAUGUAAGAAUGAAGUUAUCUAAAAAUUCAGCAGACACAGGGAGAAAAAGAUCAGAUCAUAUUGAUUCUUUCUCUUCCUCAGGAGCUAGUGAUACUGGGGAAUCAUAUAUUAGUUCCAAUGAUGCUAGCUCUAUUUUGUAUCAAGAUGCCAUAAGUCAUAGAGGAAAAUCUCACUAUCAUGAACCUGCAGUACAAGCACGACAGAAUCUUGUUCAUCCGUCAGACCUUACACCUUUAGAAAUAGGAAUGUAUGCUUUACUUGGCGUUUUCUGUUUAGCCAUUUUAGUUUUUCUAGUUUCUUGUUCAGUAUUUGCUGUCCGAUACCGUCGCAAACAGGUUCCUCCAGUUACAGCUACGGGGGAUUCAGUUGCUCAUGCGCAUGAUUGGGUGUGGCUUGGCAGAGCAACUCUCGAGAGGAAUUCCGUUAACACUCGCUGCUCACAAACAUUAGUACCAAUGGCAGAUUUUAAUGGCAACCACCAGUCUGACAGCUUGGACACUAAUACUUUAAAAGUCCAAAGGCGGGAGAAGAAAAUUGGAACUAGACAGAUUGGGAGUGGGUGCCGUAGCAGUAACUUGUCUUUUCCUGGUUCAGAAAUUAGUAUCAGAAUAACUACCAAUCCACAAGAGUUAAGGGAAGAAGAAAUGGCUAUGUUAGAAAAGGGUACAUCUACUUGCAUUCCAAGCAAUGUUCCUCAGACAGGUAUUCCAAAUAAUGUAGCUAGUUCUACUGUUUCUAGAGAGAAAAGAGUUAGAAUUGUAACAAAUCCAGUACCACCUCCACUGCCACCUGGUAACCCCUUAAAACUAUUUCCAGCUCAUCCACCCCCACCAAUUCCACCCCAUCGAAACUUCCCUCCUCCUGUCCCUCCCCAUCAGAGACAUUUGAGGGAAUUUCAAAUGGGAAGAUUUCGUGGACCAGCAACUGAUGCUGAGUGGGAAGCUGUUGCACAGGGUAUGAACUAUGAUCAAUUAAUUGAAUACUUUGAGAAUUUGAAGGAAUCCAAUGCAUGAAAAGAAGUAUUGAAAUGAGCAUGUCACGAAUUUCCCCUCAGUUCCAGAAGCAUUCAUUGCCUUUAUCGGCAUUACUCCGUGUUUUGCUGAAGGAGAAACAUAGCAGGGUUCAAACUUGCUGCAAUUCUAGUCUAUAACUCAUACCACUCGUUGAUGUUUACGCUUAAAUGGAUAUGUGCAUAACCAAAGUCUUACCAUUGAAAGUGCACAGUAAGUGGAUAUGUGGGACUUAUGCCUGCAAAAUGAUGAUUUGUCUGUAGCUUCUAGUCUACCUUGCUCCGUAAACUUUAUUAAUUUCACGAAUUGGAGAGAAAUCUUCAGGUUUUAUUUUACAUUAAUACAAAAGUACUUAGCUUAACAUUAUGCUAAUCUUGAUGAAAUAAUGCAUUUAGUGGUCUGAGAGAUGGAGUAGGAGUUCAUUUUGUCACAUAAAAUAUGCAUAGGAGAAAAUUUUGUAUCAUAUGUUUCGCUUAUCAGUCAUUUUACCAAGUAGUCAUAAACAUUUUAUGCCUUUCAUUCGCAGAACCUGCUGUAUAAAAACUUGCCUUUCUUUUACUUGAAUGCAUUUUGUUUGUAACUUAAGUAAAAGGAAAACAUUCAAACACUGGUAUGAACUGUUUAUAUCUCAAAAUAAUGUGUAGAAAUCUUCAUUAUUUCUGUGCUAAUUAAAAUUAUUUCAUAUACCUAUAUUCAAAUAAUUUCUUUAAAAAAAUAUUUAUUGCAUUUCUUUUUUAGAUCAAGAACAGUUUUAUAUGAAUGUUGAUAUCUGAAAUUCUACAAAUAGAAGGAUUAAGGCUGUAAAUUUGUUAUGUUUUAUAUUGUUGCCUUUUAUAGAAGGUUUCAGAUUUAAUGAUAUAGUGCAGUAGAAAUUUCUCAAGGAAGUCAUUUUUAUCAAAAUAUUUUGAGAUUUUAAUCAUAACAAAAAAUUUGUCUUUAUCUUUCUUCUUAUCUUUGUGAAAGAAAUUAAAAAACUUUUACUAUGAUAAAUAGGCACUGUAUAAAAAUUAUUAAAAAUUAUUCACGUUGUUUCAUAGCAAAAUGCCAUGACAAAACGCAUACCAUUAUGUAUUUUAUAUGUUACAUAGCUUUCCCUUUCUGUUGCAUUUAUAUAAAAGUGAUUGAUUUUUCUUAUUUUUCAAGUCUUCUGUUCACUGCCUUUUUGAUAUUUUUACUUAGUUUCUAUGUUGUACAAAUUUGUGUCGAGAGAUAAUGCCCUAAAUGAAUUUGUAUCUAUAAUCAAUAAACUGUAUAAAUUAUUUAAUAA